AUGGGUUUCGUGGCAAUAUGCACCGCAAUCUACGAUUACAAACCACAAAGCGCCGGCGAGCUGGAGAUCAAUGAAGGGGAGCUGCUAUAUAUCCUCGAGAAGAGCAAGGAAGAUGACUGGUGGAAGGCGAAAAAGAAGGCAGCUGGCGAUGACGAAGACGAACCUGAAGGUUUGAUCCCAAACAACUACGUCGAAGACGCAAAACCCAUACAUGCCGCCAAAGCCCUCUACGACUACAGUCGACAAACAGACGAGGAGGUCUCUUUCACCGAAGAUGCCGUGUUGGCCGUCUACGAUACCUCCGACCCCGACUGGACUCUGGUCGGCGUCGGUGACGACUUUGGCUUUGCGCCCGCCAACUACAUCGAGAUUUCCGGAGCCGCACCCAGAUCACCUUCGAUAUCAUCCAACAGACAAUCCAUUCCGCCAGUGGCGGAAGCCGAUUCACUUUCACCUCCGACCUCUCCGGCUAGGUCAGUUCAGAGCCCUGCCGCAAAUUUGGCAAGGGUCCUAGGAGGAGGAGCUCCGACUUCACCCACUGCCACUCGAACCGUCUCUUCUCCUCCACCUGCAAUACCACGCCAACAGCUUACUCCAGAUGCGUCCGAUGACGAAGAACCUGCUCCCGCUCUGCCACGAAGACCUCCAUCACAGACGAUACCGUCUCCCACCGCUCAUGCCCCGAGACACUCAGAAGAUGCCGCGGGCGUUCUCCCCUCGCCUCCUUACAAUCGAGCACUGGGACGGCCGGGAGAUGAGGAUGCGCCGGUUCAAUCCCCUGGUGGCUUCCACUUGUAUAAUAUAAAUGAAAUGGUCUCGGCAAUGGGCCGAAGGCGAAAGAUGCCCACAACUUUAGGCAUUAAUAUUGCGACGGGUACAAUUAUGCUUUCGCCAGAGAAGUCCAGAGAUGGGCCCUCACAGGAGUGGACGGCAGACAAAAUGACGCAUUAUUCCAUCGAAGGCAAACAUGUCUUCAUCGAAUUGGUCAGACCAAGCAAAAGUUUGGACCUUCAUGCGGGCGCGAAGGACACGGCAGAAGAGAUUGUCGGGGCUCUUGGGGAAAUCGCGGUCGCACAACGCGCUGAAGGUAUCCGAGAGGUGAUGGCGGCCGCGAGCGGUGGCGCUAGUCAGAAGAAAGGGCAAGUCCUUUAUGACUUUAUGGCCCAAGGUGAUGACGAGGUGACAGUCGGCGUGGGUGACGAAGUUAUUAUCCUGGAUGACACCAAAUCGGAAGAUUGGUGGAAUGUGAGACGGUUGAAGAAUGGCCAAGAGGGUGUCGUUCCCAGCAGCUACAUCGAGCUUACCGGCUUUGCGACGAUCGAACCACCCACACGAUCGGGAGUCAACGCUGGCUUGUCAACCGUCGACCAGAACCGACUCGAAGAAGAGAGACUCGCCCGAGAAGCUGCAAAGGCGGAUCGGGCUCGUCAAGAGGCAGAGCAAGCACGGUCUCGCAGUGAAGUAGGGCCGGGCAUGCAGCUUCCUCAACGCGGUAGCAGCCUCGCGGACGAGCAAUCACAUCGGAGAGAUCGAAAGGAAAAGGAUGACCGUAAAAAGAGCCGGUCCAAACCGGAUCCAACAAAGGUUCGGACCUGGACGGACCACUCGGGAACCUUCAAAGUCGAAGCUCAAUUUCUAGGAGUGGCAGAUGGGAAGAUUCAUCUCCACAAGGUCAAUGGCGUAAAGAUCGCUGUCCCUGUAUCGAAGAUGUCCCCAGAAGACCUCGAGUAUGUUGAGAAGGUAACGAACGAGUCGAUCGAAGAUCAUAUUCCCGUGGCUGAUUUGAUCAAGAUGAAACAUCGGAGUCAAUCGUCCGAACAGUCCAAGCCUCGAAGCGGUGCCACCGUCGAACCCCGAGUGCCAGAGCAGCCAAAAGUUCCCGAGUAUGACUGGUUUGAUUUCUUCCUCAAAGCUGGUGUCGGACCACACCAGUGCGAACGAUAUUCACAAGCAAUGAUAAGGGACUCCAUGGACGAAAGUGUCCUGCCGGACAUUACCCCGGACACUUUACGAACCUUGGGACUCAAAGAGGGUGACGCGCUUAAGGUGAUGAAGUUUUUGGAUCAGAAAUUCGGACGAGCCCGCGGUCCCGCGACCAAUGGUAUCAAUGGUGAACCUGCCGCAGGAGGUAUCUUCUCCGGCCCCGGGGGAACAUUGCACAACAACACUCGCAGGGGAAGACCGGAAGUCAAUCGGCGAACAAGCGACGUCGUUGAUGCUGAUGCUUUCACAAAGACAGAAACCGGGAACAAGUCAAGUGUGGGCGGAGAGGCAAAAGCUACGAUUCUUACUGAAGCACCUCGAAGAGAACCAAAAAGUGGUUUUGACGAUGAUGCCUGGACGGUUAAGCCAUCCUUACAGCCUCCAACAUCAUCGCAACCGACUCCUGCGGCUGCUCCAGCGCCCAAACCUCCGACUGGCGCAAUCAAAGACCUGUCUUUACUUGACCCUCCUCUCCAGCCAACGCCUGCACAACCUCCAGCGCCAGUAGUGAACCAACCACCUCCUCCACAAACGCAACCUCCGCCUCAACAAGCUCCGGCUUUAGCUCCAGCUCCAGCUCCAGCUCCGGCCCCGGCUCCGGCUCCAACAGUGACCCCUUCAAUUCAGCAACCUCAGCAGACAGGCGCGUCCCCGCAGUUCUUUUCACAAUUGAAUCAACAACCAGGAUCAAUCCAGCCUCAGCAGACGGGAUUCCAAGCCCAACAGCUAAAUGUGACCCGUCAGCGACCAGCCGCACCACAACAGAGCUUUACUGGGACUGGUUUAUUGCCGCCUCCGCCACGACCAACUUCGGCGCCCCAGAAUCCGCAAUCAAAUCAAUUUGGACUGCAGCCACUGCAGCCGCAGUUGACAGGAGUUCCUCGGACCUCCGCUCUGCAGGCGCCUCCUGGCCAGAGUUUGAACGAUCUGACGCAGCAACGAUUACAACAGCAAUAUCAACAGGCGCCGUUACAGCCUCCACCGACAGGAUUCAUUCAGCCCAACCAAAGUUUCGGACAGUUCGGUCUUGCUCCCCAGCCCACAGGAUUCCAACAGCCACAACAGCAAUUUGGUCCAUUUCAGCAACCAUAUCUUAAUGGCAAUGCCGCCGGAAGUCCUUUCGCUGAUCCCCGACCGGCCUUCCAGUCCCAACCAACCGGAAUACCAUUCCAGCAGAGCCCACCCCCGGAGGGAAUCAAUUCCGUCCUCCCACCGGCGCUCCAGCCCCAACGGACUGGAUUCACGUCCCCCAUCCAACAACCGCAGCAGACCAAUGGAUUGGGCCAAGGUAUUCAACCCCAGCCCACGGGCUUCCCUCAGGUCCAACCGGUUCAAGCCCAGCCGACUGGAUUUCAACCGCCACUUCAAUCGCAAGCGACCGGAUUUGGGCAGAUUCCCCAGCAGAAUGGGUUUACAAAUUUCUCUCCACCACCUAUUCCACCCAUUCCUCCGCUUCCAACAGUCGCUCCUCUGCAGCCCCAAAAGACAGGUCCAGCUCCGCCUGUCAAGUUUGGCGUGACAGAGACGAAGAAGCUAACUCCUCAACCGACCGGGCGGAGAGCAAACCUUGCGAAUGCCACGGCUCAGAAUCCAUUCGGCUUUUGA